AUGUUGCAGAUCGAGCACGAUGACGACGACGACAGCUCGUUCCAAUCUGACGACUCUGACAUGACCGAUGACGAUCACAACUAUGAAGAACAGCAUGCCAUGCUACCACUACCACCAGAGACAAUGUGGACGGAGCCAUACCAACGGUUCUUUCAGAUGUUGAAUGAAGAAGACAACCUCUUGCGAGAAGCCUUCUUGGGAUUCUACACGGGAGAUGGAUGCCCUCGAUCAUGGCAAGGCUAUUUGAACGCACAUGCUUAUGCCACCUACAAGAAAAUCAGCUUUAAAGCCGUGGGUGGAUUCGCCAGCUGUUGA